AUGGGUGACGAUAACCCUAUGGCUUUGAGAGAUCAUUAUCUCCCUACCACAUACACUUCUCCCACAUGUCUCAGGUUGCCGGAUGUUACAGCAGCCCACUAUGAGAUUAAGCCUAGUACUAUACAGAGUUUACCAUCUUUUCUAGGACUUAGUACUGAAAAUCCUUACGAUUUCCUCGGUGAAUUCUUAGCAAUUUGUUCUACCAUUAAAUUGAGCGGGUUCACCGAGGACGCUCUAUGGAUGCGUCUCUUUCCCUUCUCCCUCAAGGAAAGAGCCAAACAUUGGUUUCAUUCCUUAGCACCAAACUCCAUUACUUCUUGGGCUCAAUUGCAACAAGAAUUUCUAAAGAAGUAUUUUCCCAUAGGAAAGACCAAUGAUAUUAGGAGAGCUAUCACUAGUAUCUCCCAAUAUGAGGGAGAACAAUUGUAUGAGACCUGGGAAAGACUCAAGGACCUACUUAGAUCAUGCCCACACCACGCUGUCCCAAAGUGGCAGCUAGUGCAAAGCUUCUAUGAAGGCUUGACUGAGCCUAAUAGACAAAUGGUAGAUGCAUCUUGUGGGGGAACAUUUAUGAUGAAAAGUGAGGACGAAGCAUGGACAUUGUUUGAAAACUUGAGUAAUAAUUCCACUCAGCAUGCAUCCACUAGACGUAGAGCACCUGCACCUAAAGCACCAAAGACCGAAGGUCUUUUUGAAAUAGGACAUUCUGCAGAUGUAGCUACCCAAGUAGUUGAUGCUAUCACUAGGAAAUUAGAUCAAAUGAUGGUUGUUGGUUUUGCUCCUAAUUCUACUCACAUGCACACACAGCACACACCAUGCUCAUUUUGUUCUAAUCCUAUGCAUCAUACAAAUGAUUGUCCUACUGCUGGAAAGUUUUAUGAUGAUUCAACCGAGCAGGUCAAUGCAGCUUUUUCACAUCCGGGUAAUGAUCCAUACUCCAAUACUUAUAACCCAGGGUGGAGAAAUCAUCCCAAUUUCUCAUGGAAGGCUCAAGCUUCAAGUGACUCAGUCCCAGGGGUGCAUAAUCAAGCUCAAUCUAACAGGCAGCCCUACCAAUCUUCUUCCACAUACCGCCCUUCACAACAGCAAUCUCAGGCCACACCAUCUUCUCAGUCAGAUUCUGGCAUUCAGGCUCAGAUGUUGAAACUUCUAGGCGAGAUCAAUCAGAAGGUGGACUCUCAGAAUCAGAUAGUGAACUCUCACUCUCAAUCCAUCGCCAAGUUAGAGGCUCAAAUGGGACAGAUGGCUAAUACCCUCAACAAGAGAGAAGAGGGGACACUUCCAAGUCAGCCGGUGGCCAACCCGAAAGGACAUUACAUGGUAGAAGGCAAUACUUCACAUCACCAACAAGUUCAAGCCAUCACCACAUUGCGUAGUGGAAGAAGGGUCGACAAUUAUGUGCAAGAAAAGGUGGAUGAGCAAACUGAGAUCCCACAGAAUCUGCAGAAGGACAAGGGUAAGCAAGUAAACAUUGAGGCCUCUUCUUCAUCAGCUCCCACUCUUGAGAUACCAUAUGAGCCUCAAGUUCCAUUCCCGGAACGUCUCAAGGCACCUUCUCACUUUGGGAAACAAGGAGAGAAAAUACAAGAUAUGAUGGAUGUAUUCAAACAGGUAAAAAUCAACCUUCCACUCCUUGAUGCCAUCAAGCAAGUACCUGCCUAUGCAAAAUUCCUCAAGGACUUGUGUACUCAGAAAAGGAAAAGUAGAAAUCAUAUUCCCAAGAAAGUACUUCUUACUGAGCAUGUGAGUUCCCUAAUUCAACACAACACUCCUCCGAAGUUCAAGGAUCCUGGAUCCCCUACAAUUUCAUGUAUCAUCGGACAGAGUGAGGUUGAUAAAGCACUCCUAGAUCUAGGAGCUGGUGUGAAUUUACUUCCCUAUUCAGUGUAUCAGCAACUUGGCCUAGGGGAACUGAAGCCCACCACAGUAAUUCUACAGUUGGCUGAUCGGUCUAUUAAGAAACCAAGAGGGGUAAUAGAAGAUGUCAUCAUCAAAGUAGAUAAGUUUUUCUUCCCAGUGGACUUCAUCGUACUUGACACUGAGCCCGUUCCCAAUCCUGAGAAGCUGAUCCCGGUCAUCCUUGGGCGCCCUUUCUUAGCCACGGCCAAUGCAUGCAUCAACUGUCGUACAGGAGUCAUGGAGAUCUCCUUUGGUAAUAUGAAGGUCAGGUUAAAUAUCUUCACUGCAUUCCAGCAUGCACCUGAUCAAAAUGAGUGUUUCUUUGUGGACAACAUUGAAGAAUAUGUAGAAGAUUCACUCCCCAUUAUUUUGGCAAAGGAUCAUUUGGAAGACUGCCUAACUCACUUUGGCUCUGAAGACUUCAACACCAAUCAAUACAUUGAUGAGGUAAAUGCCUUGCUAGAGACAGCUGCCAGUGCAGAUUUUUAUCCAUGGAGACUACCCAAGGAGCCCCUACCUCCAACUUCAAGCACUCCUCCCGUUCCUUCCCUUGAGUCUCCACCGAAGCUUGAAUUGAAGCCACUGCCAGACAAGCUCAAGUAUGCCUUCCUCGGUUCUAAUGAUACCUUGCCGGUCAUCAUUGCUUCAGAUCUACAAAAGGACCAAGAAGACAGUUUAUUAGCAGUAUUGAAGAAGCAUAAAGAGGCUAUUGGAUGGACUGUAGCUGAUUUGAAGGGCAUAGACCCCUCCAUCUGUAUGCACCGGAUUCAUUUAGAGGAAGAUGCUUGA